AUGGAAUCAAACAUACCAAAGAAAAGAGCAAAGAGAGAGCCUUAUUGUUUAAUUCAUUGUACUGACGAUAAUGGAAAACUGGUGAGUCCGAACUCACUAGAAUCUUGGAAGACAUUACGAAAGGCUGGUGAAAUACGAAAGCAUGAAGGUCUGUUGAGUGUAAAAGUAGACUCGGAUAAUGAAGUGCCAGAUGGUGUUUUUUAUCACCGUAAAUGCCGAAGUAUGUUUACACUAAAAAGGGAACUUAACAGUAUUGUUACCAAAGCAAAGCAGAAUGAGAAAGCCAGUUUAGUCAAGGAGAGCUCACAAGAAGGAAGAUCAUCUAUUCGGAGUAAUCCAAGUACAUCUAGAGUGUAUGAAAAAGAGUGCAUUUUCUGUGGCAAGCAAGAUAAAGGAAGGUUUGACACAAGCUAG